AUGAGUCAAAAGCAACUGCACCUAACCGCUUUCAUGCGGCCGGUGAGCCUGCACACAGGAGCUUGGCGAUAUCCAGGCUCUUAUCCAGACGCCAACUUCAACCUCGCCCAUCUCAAAUCCUUCAUCAAGACACUUGAAGAGGCCAAAUUCGACGCCUUCUUCAUGGCCGAUCACCUUGCUGUUCUGAACAUGCCAACCGAAGCCCUCAAGCGCAGUCACACAGUCACUUCGUUCGAGCCCUUUACGCUUCUCUCGGCACUCUCGGUAGUCACGGAAAAGAUCGGACUCGCGGCUACUGCAUCUACGACAUAUGACGAACCUUAUCAUAUUGCUCGUCGUUUUGCGUCUUUGGAUCAUCUUAGUAACGGCCGUGCCGCGUGGAACAUUGUCACAACCGGCAACCCCGAAUCAUCCAAGAACUUCGGCUCCGAUGAACAUCUCGAGCACAGCGAGCGUUACAAGAGAGCCAGAGAGUUCUACGAUGUCGUGACCGGUCUCUGGGAUAGUUUCGCUGAUGAUGCUUUCAUUCGAGACCGCGAGAGUGGCGUCUUCUUUGAUCCUGAGAAGCUUCACGUUCUGAACCACAAGGGUGAUAACCUCCAAGUGAAAGGCCCGCUCAACAUUGCGCGUCCAGUCCAAGGAUGGCCUGUUAUCGUACAGGCCGGACAGUCAGAGCCUGGAAAGCAACUCGCCGCUGAAACGGCAGAGGCUGUCUUUUGCUCGCCUCGGGAUAUCAAUGCAGCCAAGGAGCUGUACGCCGACAUCAAGGGACGUGCCAAGGCUGCUGGAAGAAACCCAGACCACUUGAAGAUCCUUCCAGCUGCUCUCAUUAUUAUUGGAGAUACGGUGGAGGAAGCCAAGGCGAAGCGUCUUGAGCUGGACAGUCUUGUGCACUACGAUAGCGCCAUCGCCUCACUCUCUGUUGCACUCGGCACUGACGCAUCCGGCUUCGAUCCUGAUGGUCCUCUACCCUCAGAUAUCCCAGAGACCAACGCAAGCAAGACGGGCCGCGCCGGGGUCAUAAAGCUCGCUGAAGAAGAGGGACUUACUGUUAGACAGCUGGCAGGGAGGUACGGAGGCUAUUCUGGCCUUGCCUUUGUAGGCACGCCCGAGAGUGUCGCGGAUGAGUUGGGCCAGUGGCUUCAUGAAGAUGCAGCAGAUGGAUUCACUGUCACAUUCCCUUUCUUGCCUCAGGGACUGGAAGACGUUGCGCACAGGCUCGUGCCUGAGUUGCAGAAGCGUGGGUUGUUCCGCAAGGACUAUGAGGGGACUACUCUGAGAGAGCAUCUUGGUCUUCCUAGACCAGAAAACCGGUUCUUCCAGUAG